AUGAAUUCUCUCUGUAAUAAAUUAAUCGCCUGUUAUUCAAUCGGUUCAAUCUUCCAACAACUUAAUUUUUUCGUUACUUUCGCAACUGUAAUUACUGGAAAUAAUUUUAUUUCAUACAAAACUUGUGUUUUAAUCCAAUUACUUCCAAUAUUUUUCUCAUUCUUUUCCUUUCCCUUAACUUUUUUUAUUGCAAUUGAACGUUUUUUGGCGAUUUUCUUUCCAAUUUGGUAUAAAAAACGGAAUGGAAAUAAUUUUUUGAUUAUUAUUUUAUUUUGUUGUUUUGUUCUUGGAAGUUAUGUUACUUCUGUUGAUAUAAUUACUUCUUUUGGAAAUCCUAAUAUACUUAAAGAGUGAAGUGGCAGAUGAAAAAGGAAGUAGAAAAUUCUUCUUCCUGUUCCACUGAAUAGAACUCCUAAUGAAUUUUUUCAACCUUUUGAGACAAUCUAGAUUUGUCUCUUAUUCCAGAUCCCUCCCAAAUUGCGAUAUAAAUUUAUAUCUCCUGGCUUCCUGGCCUCAUUCGGCCACGUCCAUGUCCUUUAACUAUAAUUUCCCCCACAACCUCUCUUUCAAAUAUAAAAAUAA